AUGACCUCUUGGUUGUCGCACUCGACAGUUUCUCCGACUAUGGUGGACAAACACUCGAUAGCCGUGUCGAACGUAUCGUCAGACAAUAGUCCGUCAAAGAUUAGCGAGCAAAGAGCAGAGUUGGACAGGAUUUGCUCAAAAGGAAUGUCGAUGAUCCACGACUUGAUGCAUGCUAGAACCAAGGUAUUUGUGCUUGUUGGGUUGGUGGCCUUGGAGUUAGCCAGAGUCGUGAGAAUGUAUAGAAUGGACUCGAUGUUUGCUCCAAGAAGCUGGUGUGCUCUUGUCUCAAACUCCAUGUCAGUCAAUGGUGUUUUCUUGACAUCGAGCAGUUCUUCGGGCAGGAUCUUCAGAAACUCCAGCAGAGUUUCUGUGGAUGGUCCCGACAAUGUAGAGAUGAUUUCUUCCACCGCGUUUGUCCAUUCCAAAUACUGA